AUGGAUCCCGGGAAGGAACUUCCUGCUGGAAGUCGUGGCGCUGGGAACACCCAUUCCCUUCCCACCAGCAACGCUGCCAGCCUGGUGGCGACAGAGGUCGAUGGUCUGUCCUCCUCAACCGACGGCCAGUCUUAUCUGGUGAAACCAUUCAAGAGUCCUCCCUCGGGUUACGGCCCAACAACAUCCAAUUACAAGCCGCUUGACAACGAUGCGCUGAAUCAUAUGGUCACCAACUCCAACGAUGUAUGGCUGGAUAGCAAUUACUUCCCCCACAUUGUCGACAUGAUCUUGUCCUAUCCCGAGAACUGGCCAGCUGUCCGACAGGUGUCCACUGCCUAUCUCGCCAAGAUCACCCCACUGCUGUUCGAGCACAUCGUUAUUCGAUCGGCAGAACUGAGCAGCAGCGACAUGUGGAGUCGAUAUAGGAUACGCCCUGAUCCUCCUUUCCCGACCGCGUUCACUGUAACUGGAACCACCGGAACGCAAGUCUGGCCACCAGCUUUCUAUCAAGGAUUUCCUGAGGCCCCCAUCAAACAGCCAGACAUGGUUGCCAAACUUGCGCUGCUCGAACAUACCCACACAAUCGAUAUCCACUUCGGCUCGGAUGAAGACGAUCUGAAUUGGAUCUGCCAAACGGUACUCUGUGCAAUUGAAACUGUCCGACUCUUUUGGUGCAGUGCCACGGCCCUUGACGAACGACGUUUCUCCCAAUUGCCGCCGUUCGAGCCAAACAACCUCGUAUUAUUUCCCUUUGAUCUGGACGGCAACAUCUUCCGUCUCAACGCGGAUGAGAUAAAAGACAGCUGGACCAUCGAGCCUAUUUAUAAAUCCCACAAGAUUGUUUCAAACGUGUACAUGUCUUGCGAAAUGGGUCCCUAUCUGACCCCAGCUUGGGACGGUAACGCGUGUUCGUUCGCCAACCACACAGUGUACUACUUCCACGACGAAGAGGACGGCCAGCGACUCCAAAUUUUUGCGUCCCUCGGUCGCCGUUCAACCACAGCGGCGGCAUCCUGGCAGCACUGGGAGGCAGCCAUACUGGAGAUCGGAUGUCUGCUUGUCUGGGAUGUCCCUGACAGAACUACUUUGACCAUUGUCAACUUUCCUACAAACCCCACCCUGCCUGUUUUUCCAUUUGUAGCGACGGAUCCGAAAGAAGUUUUCAAGAAUCUCCUGCAACUUGAAAUCAGACACCCAGACGACACAGAGAACGAAUCGAUAGAGUUAGUCGCUCAGGUCAAGUUCCUUUCGAAGGAGGAGUACAUCGACAAGGUGGGACGUCAAACAUUUGAGCUAGAGACUGUCCCUUGA